AUGACGACUCUCAUUCCGCAUGAGCCGUACUCCCCGGAGGAGCUAGAUCGGCUCUAUCCGAAAGCAUUGAAGCUACAACUGGUUCAGGUGUUCCUCCGCCAUGGUGAACGCACGCCUGUUUCCUCGCGUUUCCAAAAUACAGGCUUGAGUCCAUACUGGCCGUAUUGUAAUGUUGCACGAAACAUGGUUCAGAUUGCGGCGAGCAAGCACGACCUCUCCAGUUGGGACGGGUUCCAAUGGCGCCGGAAGAUCGAGACCUUUGGUCACAACGACGAAGCUAGAGUUGCGUCAGGCCCGGGUGGUGAUAUCAACUCGAUUUGCCAGCAUGGUGAACUCACAGACAAGGGCCGCGAAACGACCUAUGCUCUCGGCCAGCGCCUGCGUCAUCUCUAUGUUGACCAACUUGGGUUCAUGCCUAAGAUCAAGGAAGAUACAGAGGAUAUGUACUUGAGAGCUACAUCAAUUCCCCGCGCUUUGGAAUCCAUGCAGCAAGCCUUCUGGGGCAUGUACCCUACCAGUGCUCGGACCCAAGACUUUCCACCACCGGUUAUUGUCGCUCGUCCUGUGAAUGAGGAGACUCUAUUCCCAAAUGAGGGUAACUGCCGGCGAUUCCGACAGCUGGCUCGUCUUUUUGCUGACCGUGCCGCCGCCCGAUGGAAUGAAUCCGAACAAAUGGACUACCUAAACAGACUGUGGUCCAAGUACAUGCCCGAGUCGUCUCCCAAGGUCGCUGUCGAUGCUCAUCCCCGUCUUUCUGGUAUCAUGGACACCAUUAAUGCCACCGACGCCCAUGGACCGGCCACCAGGCUCCCCUCCGAAUUUUAUGACAAGAAGGCUCGUGCUGUUCUGGACCGAAUCGCAGUCGAGGAGUGGUUUGCUGGGUACAACGAAAGCACCGAGUACCGAAAGCUGGGAAUUGGUGGUCUGAUGGGAGACGUUGUUGAUCGCAUGGUCAGCACCGCUGUGGAUGGUGGCUGGCGUAGCAACACUUCUGCUUCUGGGUCUGGUAACCCUGAGACUGGCAAGUCGAUCAAGUUUGCAAUGAGCGGAUGUCAUGACACCACCCUUGCGGCAAUUUUGACCAGUAUUGGAGGUUUCCAAGAUGAAUCAUGGCCGCCUUUUACCUCAUCUAUCGCCGUUGAGCUGUUUUCCCAGGCCCCAAGCAAUCGUACCGAUGCUGGCACUUUCCUAGAGGAAUUCUCCAACCCUGCGGUUGCCUCUAAGAAGGGCAGUGUCUUCUCGUCGAUGUUCGGUGGUAAGUCUGUGACCCAGAAGCUUGCGCCAUCCGCGACCGCACGUGCAUCACUCGAGUCUUUCCCCGAUGAAACUCGCGAGUCUCUACGCAAACACUACGUUCGUAUUCGUUACAAUGACCGCCCCGUGACCAUCCCAGGGUGCGCAGCCAAACCAGAGAAUCACCUUCCUGGAGAUGAAACCUUCUGCACCCUCGAUGCCUUCAAGAACAUUGUGGAUAAGUUCACUCCCAAGAGCUGGACUGUGGAGUGUACACAGAACUUGGGUGAGGGCUUGCAUGGUGUUAAUGACGUGGAACGCAGCCCCGCCGGAUUCUAG